UGUUUCUCUGUGUAACCUGUAGAAUGUGCGUGCUCAGGACAAUCGAGCCGGGUUCAGCGGUUCCGUCAGCAUCCCCUCAAUCACCAAAAACCGAGCCGAACCUGGGCGAUCCAUGAGCGCAAGCAGUGGUCUAGGAAUGCGGUCCUCCUCUCAGAACGGCAGCGCUCUGAGGAGAGAGCUUUCGGGCAGCAGCUACAGCUCUAAACGCCAGACCAUGACGUCACCCUCCGAGAGCUCGCUGUCGUCAGGAGGGGGGAUGGACGUGGGCGAAGCGCCGCUCUCUCAGUUUGAUAGAGAGUGGCAGGCGGUAUCGCCCUCGGAGAAGACCCCUGAUCUGAAAAGGGCUUUAAGGACCCUGCUUAGUAAAAUGAAGGACUCUGAUUCGCCCCGGCACUCCACUGCCUCCAACAGCUCCACCUUCAGCAGCCCGCCGAGCCCCGCCUCCCCGCACAAGACAAAGUCCCUCUCACUGGAGAGCACAGACCGCACGGCGUGGGACACAUGAUGGACUCAACAAUGAACCAAUCACAACAAACUCCGAGUCUGCCCCUCCCAGGCACUACAGGCCACUCCCACUUAAUUUGCAUAAGGGAACAUACAAAGGAGAACCCACACCAACACCAGAGUUUGUAUGUUUGAGCGACCAGGACACGCAGAAGCUGAUUGGAGGAAAAAGUGGAAGUUAAUUCUGGAUUUGAAUGUGACUGGUGUUUGUACAUAGAGCGGGUUAGGGGUGAACUUUUUGUUUAUUUAGCCUUCAGCCAUUUCAAGGUGGAAAAUACUGUCACGUCCCUCACUCUGUUCUUCAGCUGUGGACCGUACGGGAAUGAUGAUUCCAUUAUAGAAUCCCACAAAAAAAUGCAACGUUGUAUAUUUUUUAUUUGCUUUUAAAAGUGGUGUGUGCAGUGAUUCGUUUGUUACUUCAGCUAAAUGGAUGAGAGACCGCAGAUAUCAGGCGACCUCAUCUAUCGCUUCCUGUCCUAGAUUUGUAGGAAUUUCUAGAGGCUUUCUGACACGACGACAUCUUGGAAUGUGUUACCGUCAUUAUCGUCAGUCUCCACGUAAUCUGAACCUUCCGUGAGCCAACAUGACCUGUGAAAACGCUUCACAGUAAUGUACAUAGGUUAAAAGUAUAGUAUAAUAUAUAAUAAGGAAAUAUUGAAGAGAUAAACUAUGUGGGAAAAAAAAAAUCUCAUUGCUUUUAUUUUGUAAAAAUUAUUUUAAUAUACUCGCGCCAAGACCAUUUAAAAAGCUUUAGUUGCGUCAUGUCUUUUAGACUUUUAUUUUUGGUUUAUGAGACGAUACUGCCUUGUGUAUUUUAAAUCUUUGUCAUCAGCCUUUUUGUUUUUAAAUAACAGGAAUUUUAAGAUUUUUGUGAGACACAGGCCAAGCUGUUUUACUACACGUGUGCUUUAACUAUAAAAUCUGCAUCAUGUUUGGUCUCCGCGUUGACCGAAACUGUACAAAUAUCAUAUUUCUGCAAUCUAGAAACUGUUAAGUCCAAAUUGUGGAACUGGUCCAACAUGUAAUCUUGAGAUUUGCAGACAGACAAAAGACAUUUCGUUUUGUUCCUGGUUUCAUCUAAUGUUACACUAUGGGAAAUACUUUGCUUCACCCACAUAGUUUGGCUCUUUCUACCUUGGAAAAAUGUAUUUUCAGAAAACUUUUUCAUGGAUAAUUCAGUAAUUUUAUCCCAUUAAGUGUUAAAACAUUCACCACUGCUAUUAAAUGUAAGGUUAAACUUUACCAUUAAAAUCUAUUACAAGAAUCUGCUCCCACAAUGCCAGGAUGUAUUUGUCAUUAUGUAGUUGUCAGAUUGCGUUUCUUGUGGUUCCAAGGGCAUUUAUUCCAUCUGAGGAAAAAGAAAUGUUUAAAACUUCGUCUAAUAAGCGACAGUCUUCACUUUGUUCCUUAUUCAGUUUGCAGUUGCACAAGAAAGUGAGUCUCCCGCCUCAUGCAGGCUUCACGACUUGAUUUCUGCACCAGAUUCAGUUCCUUCCAUGAAGUGGGAAACUCAGUUAAUUUGAUUAAUUUGUUAAAAGGUUUACAAUCAAAUUAAAUCAUUCCAUCUGUAGUAAGCAACAGCAAUGGAAAAAAAAACAUUUGGGUGGAAACCUACUAGAGACCUCCAGUAAAAUGAAAAUGUCUUUGCAUUUCAGCGACCUCUUAGACAUUACAUUUAUCUGUGCUCAUUCUCAUCUCACUUCAUUCUUUUUUCAGGAUAAUGCUUUGUAAUCAUUUGUACAGUUUCGCAUGUCAUAAUUGAUCAUUCCAUAUGUUUCAUGCUUGUAUUUUGUUUCUCACUCACUUGACAAAGGUGGAUAUCACUUCAAAUGAGGCGGAAUCGUUUUGCACAGAUGUAAGGUCAAUCAAAGACUGGAUAAACUGGCCACUAUGCAUAUAUGGAGACGUUACUAUAUUAACCUGA